CAAAACACUGCUGGGUCAGAAGGCCUUUGAGCAGCUGAUGAAAAUGACAUUCUAUGGUCAGUUUGUGGCUGGAGAGGACCACCAGUCUAUCAAGCCCCUGAUUCAGAAGAAUAGAGCAUUUGGAGUGGGCACAGUGCUCGACUACAGUGUAGAGGAAGAUGUCUGUCAGGAAAGGGCUGAGAGGAAAGAAACGGGAUCACACCUGUCAGUCUCAGGAAAAGGACAUUCUGCUGUUCCUAGUGACCAGAGCUCCGUGCCCCACUGUGAGCCUGCUGAUCAUCGGGACGGUGUGAUGAGUGCUCCCUUCUAUUUCUAUGCUGAUGAAGCGAAAUGUGACCAGCACAUGGACACUUUCAUUAAGUGCAUCAAAGCAGCAGGUGGAAGUUCUGAAGAUGGUUUCACUGCCAUUAAGAUGACUGCGCUGGGACACCCGCAGUUCUUGGUGCAGUUUUCCGAGGUGCUUGUGAAAUGGAGAUGUUUCUUCGGUUUUCUCACAGCCAAGCUGGGUAAAGAUGACAGAGAGGUGCUGGAGCAGAAGCUGGACCUGGAGCAGAUGCAGGCAUUACUGACAAAGCUAGGCGCCGAAGGCGACAUCCGUAGCUGGUUCGCAAGUGAGAAACUGCACUCGUCAAGCACCAUUGACAUACUGGACUGGAACAGGCUGAUUGAUGACAGAACAAAAGUGCCACAUCUCCUAGUGGUGCCCAACCUACAGACGGAGUGUCUGGAGCCUCUUCUGAGUAAAUUCGCAGAGGAAGAGGAACAGCAGAUGAAGAGGAUGCUGCAGAGACUGGAAGUGCUGGCUAAGUGUGCUGUAGAGAACAGAGUGAGGCUGAUGGUGGAUGCAGAGCAGACGUAUUUUCAACCAGCCAUCAACUGGCUGACUCUGGUGAUGCAGAGAAUUUUUAACACAGACCACCCAAUCGUCUUCAACACCUACCAGUGCUACCUCAAGGAAGCCUUUGAUAACGUGUGCAUGGAUGUGGAGUUGUCCAGAAGAGAGGGCUGGUGUUUUGGGGCUAAGCUGGUGCGGGGGGCAUAUUUGGACCAAGAGAGAAGCCGGGCAGAGGAGAUUGGCUAUGAAGACCCCAUCAACCCAGACUAUGAGACCACAAACUGCAUGUACCACAGGUGUCUGGACCAUGUGUUGGAGGAGAUUGAAAGGAACAGGAAGGCAAACGUCAUGGUGGCGUCACACAACACUGACACGGUGAAGCACACCCUCCGGAGGAUGGAAGAAAUGGGUCUUGCACCAACUGAUAAGAAGGUCUACUUUGGUCAGCUUUUGGGGAUGUGUGACCAGAUCAGCUUUCCACUGGGUCAGGCAGGUUUCCCGGUGUAUAAGUAUGUCCCAUAUGGUCCGAUAAGUGAGGUGAUCCCGUACCUGUCCCGGCGGGUCCAGGAGAACCGGGGGGUGAUGAAGGGAGCACAGGCUGAGAGAGAGCUCCUGUGGACAGAACUCAUCCGCAGAGUAACCAGUGCAGAGAUAUUCUACACACACACUCUGUAA